ACGCGCCGAGGACGACGCGAUGGCUUCGUCGUCCGUCGCGCUCGCGCGCGCGGCGUCGGCGUCGGCGUCGGCGUCGGCGUCGGCGUCGGCGUCGUCCACCCCGCGCGCGGGAUCAUCGGCGUCGUCCUCGCGUCGUGCGACGCGCGCGCGCGGCGCGAGCGUCCGAGCGCCGCGCGCGAACUCGGAACUCGGAACUCGAGACGCGGACGACGACGCGUCGUCGCCGUCGUCGUCGUCGCCGUCGUCGCCGUCGCCGUCGCCGUCCUCCCUCUCCCGUCGCGACGCGCUGCGACUCUCCGCCGCGUCCGCGGCGUCGCUCCUCGCGGCGCCCCACGCGCUCGCGUCGGCUCCCGCCGCCGCCGUCGUCGACCCCGCCCUACGCGCGUACACGCAGACGACGCCGACGCUCUUCGCGCCCUUCUACGGCGACGACUCGCGCGCGACCGUCCUGAAGACGAUCGUCCCGGGGCAGGUGUACGCCCUGGAGCAAAACCUCGAGGUCGGGCCCCUGGAGACGCCGCUGCGGUGCGUCGUCGUCAAGCUCCGCGACGGCGCGCUCUGGGUGCACGCGCCACUCGCGCCGACGAUGGAGUUUUUCGAGCUCGUCGAUACCGGGAUACCCGACCACCGCGGCGUCGAGCACGUCGUCGUCCCCACGUACGCGUUCGAGCACAAGAUCUUCGCGAAAGACGCGCUGCGACGGUGGCCGGACGCGAGGCUGUGGGUCGCCCCGGGGCAGUUUUCGUUUCCGGUGGAGGUGCCGUCGCGCGUCGCGUUCGGGCGAGAGCCGGACGGCGUCCUCGGCGGCGCCGCGGACGGCGGCGGCGUCGGCGACGUCCCGCCGUGGAUCGACGAGAUCUCCGUGCGGAUUUUGAAGGCUGGGAAGUUCGCGCUCGCGGGAAAGGACGUCACGAUACGCGAGGCGACGUUCUAUCACGCCGCGUCGAGGACGAUGAUCGUCACGGACGCGCUCGCGAGGGUGCCGUACGAGAUUCCGGAACUCCAGACCCCCGAGAAGCUGCUGCUCGUGGGGAAGCUGAGCACCGCGGACGCGCAGCCCGAGGACACGCCGGAGAACCGCCUCAGGGGAUGGAAGAAGACGUGCCUCCUCGUGAACUACUUCUUCCCCGAGCACGAGGAGCCCGCGCCCGGUCGGAUCGGCGUCGUGGAGUGGACGCCGGGGUGGGAGGAUAACUUCGAUAGUCUCGCCGGGCGGCUGAUCGUCCCGCCCGUGGUUCGGUCGCUUCUGUACGCGCAGGAUCCGGGGUCGGUGCGCGCGUGGGUGGACGCGGUGACGAUUGGGGAAGGCGCGUUCUGUUCAAACGUUUUCGCCCACGCGUGGGAUUUCGAGAGGAUCGUGCCCGCGCACUGGGAAGGGCCGAUCGAGGGCGUGAGCGCGGAGGACAUUCGCGUCGCGUUUCGAUGGCUCGAAGAUUUUUCGCUGGAUCCGUUCCCGGAGGCGGACAUGCGACGGGGGCUCAAACCCAUCGCGGACGCGGUCGUGAAGAUCGACCGCGCGUGACGUCGCGACGGACGGCGCGGACUGCAGUCGUUCGCACGUUCGCAAGUUCGCGCGUUCGUUCGUUCACCAAAUUAGCUUUGGAUUUUAUUUACAAGAGCCGACGCGCGCGAUCUGAUGACAUGACGGAAGCGAGGGUAUCGGCCUCGUUUC